AUCAAUUUAUUGUUUUCAACCAGUAUGAACAUACACUGCUCUUUGUUAUACGCGUGCGCCGACGUUUUCGUUGUAUCAAAUUGAUCACGGUCCUAGUGUUGGUACAUCAUUCACUAAUAUUUGAGUGAUUAUUUAUUGAAAACAUCAACAAAAAUGAGUAUUUUAGCUUAUAAUGGUGGUGCGUUAAUCGCAAUGAAAGGAAAAAAUUGUGUAGCAAUUGCUGCUGAUCGUAGAUUUGGUAUUCAAGCACAGACAAUAACUUGUGACUUUCAAAAAAUAUUCGAAAUGGGACCACAUUUGUAUUUAGGAUUGCCAGGACUAGCUACUGAUGUACAAACAGUCAUGGAGAGAUUGAGAUUCAGAUUGAAUCUUUAUGAGCUUAAAGAAAACAGACGCAUGCAUCCAAAAACUUUUGCUUCAGUUGUUUCUAAUUUAUUGUAUGAGAAGAGAUUUGGCUCUUAUUUUGUUGAACCAAUAAUUGUGGGACUUGAUCCUGUAACCUAUGAGCCCUACAUUUGCAAUAUGGAUUUAAUCGGUUGUAUCAAUGAACCCGAUGAUUUUGUUGUCGGUGGCACAUGUGAAGAGCAGCUUUAUGGUAUGUGUGAAACAGUUUAUGAGCCCAAUUUGGAGCCUGAAGAUUUGUUUGAAACAAUCAGUCAAGCACUUGUUAAUGCUUGUGACCGUGAUGCUAUUUCUGGUUGGGGAGCCAUUGUCCAUAUAAUUGAAAAAGACAAAGUAACCAUCAGAACAAUUAAAACUCGUAUGGAUUAAAUAUCGAUAAUUUUUUAUAAUUAAGUAAAUUUAUGCAUUUUUGAUCAGAUAAAAUUAAUUAUUAAAGAUCUAAUUUUGAUCCAAA